AUGAUAAUAGAGAACCACCCUCAUGACUCAACAGACAACAAAGAGCUAAUAGUUGCUGAUCUCAAGGGGGAUAGCAUUGAGGAUCAAUCUGAUCAGCAUGAUAGUGCCACACAAAGUGACAAUGAGAAUGCCUCAGACAAAAGGGGCAGUCUCAAAGUCAGAAGAAAAUUAAUUUUUGACAAUGAUGAUUCUGUGAAUGAUACUGAUAUUAUUAACUCCAAAAACCUAUCACCCAGAGGGACUAGUAUCCUUCAAAGUGAUAAGCCUGGCUUUUCUAGUUCUCAAUUUACUUGGUACAAUAACUGGGGUCACCCCAAAACAAUCUGGAAAAGGCUAGAUAGAAUACUCUUCAAUGAAGACUGGUUGGAUAGCUUCAAUGAAACAAAGGUUACUCACCUUUCAAGAAUAGAUUUCAUUAAAGUUGUUAAAGACGUAUGGUCAAUGCCUACUGAGGGUACUGCUAUGUGGAAACUUCAUUGUAAAAUGAAAACCUUAUCAUCUAGAUUAAGUGAUUGGUCUAGAAUAGCUUUUGGUGACAUUUUCAAAGAUGCUAAGGAGGCUGAAAAUCACAUCAACACCUUAGAACAGAGGGCCAAAGCUAAAUGGCUUCAAGAUGGGGAUAAAAACACCUCAUACUUCCAAAAGGUGAUUAAAGAUAGAAAAAGGAAGCUUAACAUUCAAAACAUACUUGAUAAAGAAGGCCAUAAAUUCUCAGGUCAUCAACAGGUUGCAGAAGCAGCUAUAGAGCAUUUUGAGGAGCAAUUUAGGUAUCAGGAAUGUGCAGGUAGUUAUGAUAUUUUGGAUCAUAUCCCUAACAUGAUUACUAAGGAAAUGAAUGCUAACCUUAUUGCCAAGCCUUCCACUCAAGAGAUCAGAAAUGCUGUUAAGAAUAGGGCCCCUGACAGUGCACCAAGUCCUGAUGGACUUGGUGCAAAGUUUUACCAGUGCCCCCAACCUCAAUCCUUUUCUGACAUCAGGCCCAUCAGCCUAUGUAACAUUCUUAGUAGGUUAAUUGCUAAGAUUCUUAAUAAUAGAAUUAGUAAUGUGCUUCCUGUUAUCAUUUCCCCUAAUCAUAGUGGAUUCAUUCAAGGCAUAUUUCUGAAUAUUUGGUACACUAUUGUUCUUAAUGGGGCAAGAAAUGGCUUUUUCAAAUCUAGCAGGGGUCUGAGACAAGGUGACCCCUUGUCCCCUGCCCUAUUUAUUAUUUGUGCUGAUUUAUUAUCUAGGCUUCUUAACAACUUAGCCAAUGAUGUUAACUACUAUGGGUACCACAGACCCCUAAGGGGAAACAAUAUUACACACCUUGCUUUUACUGAUGAUGUAAUUUUGUUCACCUCUGUCUCUCCAAAAGAAAACAUUGAGUUAAAAUAUAGAGUUGCUAACCUGACAGGAAUGCAGAGAAAGGAAUGGCCAAUCAAAUAUUUAGGUUGCCCUUUGUUUGUUAAUAGAAUGAAAAUAGUCUACUUUUCUGAGAUGGUUCACUCAAUUACCAAAAGAAUUCAUUCAUGGCAUGCCAAGUUUCUUUCCAUGGGUGGUAUGAUCAUCUUGAUCAAACACAUUUCACUGGCCAUGCCAGUUCACCUACUUGCAGCAAUAAAGCCUCCAAAAGGAACAUUUGAGCAACUGGAAGGUCCCAUUGCUAGAUUCCUUUAG